AUGCGCGCUUUUCCUUCCUCGACAACGAUCAACUGCACCCGUACCGGCCCACGCGUCAGGAUCUGGGGCGGUGUCUAUAUCCUAAACUACUGCUUUGCUGUGGAGCUGGACUUCCUUGGGCUCAGCCGGGUUGAGAACACAAAACGCCCAUCGACAUCCGAUCCCUACAAGCACCACAAAGAGGAUGAACACCGUGCUCGCAGAUUUGGGGGUCCAAAGAAUACGGAUAGUUACCUUUGCGUGGGCUGGCCAGCAGUGGGUGGUGUCUGGGUUUUACACACAACAAGGGGCAGAGCAAGAGAAAUAGGCGGGGCAAUUAUCCACAAUGUUUUUAGCAUGGAGGAACGAUGCGAAGUGAUUAAGAGGUUGGGAGGCUUUUAUUAUGCUAACCCCAAAGACUGCCCUUAUCUUGAUCUUCCGUGA